CGGCGCUAUUUAAGCUCUCGGGCGGCCAUUUCGCGCCCUUUGGGGCGGCGAUGCGUGAGGCCGGGGAAGGGCUCUGUGUGGCGUGCCAGCUGGUAAGAACAGAGCCGCAGUAGAGGCGGUGAAUGAUGCUGAGCUGCUAACUGGCAAACUGAAACAUGACUGAUACAGAUGAAUCCCAGGCUUCUGCCUCUGAUUACCCUGAUGCCCAAGAGCUAAUAUGCAGUCCGCAGAAGGAACCAUAUAAGGUACAUGCAUGUGAAAAAAAUACACGAAUGGAGUGUUCACGUUCAAGGCAGAAGAAUGCUGUUCCUGAGGAGUCUUCAGAUGAGCUUAACAGUAUAUGUAAAUCAUCAGCUGCUUCAGCUGAGAUUUUACUGGACAGCAGUGAUUCAGAAAUUGAUCUCUCUGCUGCUAGUGGCAGUGAGUACCAUCCUAAGUGCUCUGUUGCACCUUCAAAGCAAAAAAGGACAUCUCAAUCUUCAAGGCAGCAAGCUGAAUCUGUUGCAGGAGUGCCUGACAACGAAAGCUCUUCAGAUUCUUCUCUGUCCCCUGCAAGUCCAGUGAAAUCAUCGGAAACUUCCAAGAAAGAGAAGUCAAAACUAAACUUGAAGGCCAUAUUUGCCUAUCACUUCAGGGGAAAGAAGUUUAAGGCUGCUGCACACCGAAAAUACAAGCGUGGCUUGGGGAAGAAGAAGAAGAAAAAGUAUGAGAGCACAGGGAUGCCUACGGGGAGGCCACCACUGACAGCCUCACCACAAGAGCAAAAGAGAAGGCUUCUAGACAGAGGUUUUCAAUUCCCUUUUGUUGAAAAACAUUAUGGGAUGAAACAUAUUCCCUUAAAGAUGGUUCUUGGCUAUGAGCAAGCAGCUACAAAGGGAUAUUUCCAGUACAUUGAAGUGCUUAAAUAUGAGGAACAUCUUAAAAAAGCUUUAAAAGCCCUUCAGGCUAGUGAAGACUUAGAAAGAGAAUGUCUGGCGGUACGAAAACACAAAUACUUAGAUGAUGAGGGCCCCAUUUCCCCAAUUCAGGAGAUGAAUGAAGAUGGUGAUGAUGACAGCUUGAAUUCUGAUAAUCAAGAAGUCCUUGAUGCCAGAGUAGUGGAGAACAGCUCUUUCAUUAUAAGCAGCAAAAUUCCCAGUAAGAAAAAACCAAAGCCAGAAACAAAACGUGCAAAAUCAACUGAAGUGAUCGAAGUAGAGGAGGAAGAAGAGUAGGCUGCUGAGAACUCCGGGCUUCUGCAAGGCUCACCUCAGUGAACAGAAAACUGAGAAAUGAGGUGGCAGUGGUCACUCUUCAGAUACCUUUUUCAUGGCCUACUUGGUUUAAAACAUUGUCCUGAAGUCAAUGUUGAGCUAUCAACCAAGCAACCUAGUCAGAUUUUGUUUAAGGCAUCUACCUGAGAAAUACUCUCUGGCUUGAAAGACUCAUCCUGGAUCUAGGAGUGGGGUUCUUGCUUGUUUGUUGCUUUUGGAAGGUGAAAUGCCACUCAGUUUUCUUGAUGUGCAAGAUGCUGCAGCUAAACACGCCAGCUCUGCAGCAGUGAGCAGUUGUAACUUUUUUGACUGCUUGAAUUCUUAUGGCUGUUUGCCGGCCCUCUGAUGUACAAGUAUUACUUCGGUGGACUUUCGUGGAACAUGUUAGCAAAAGAUGGGCAUUCCUGUGAUGUCUGGAACACAGUGGCAAGCCUCUACUUCGGGGAAGUCCAGGAUAGUCCAGUCUGAACUAGCAUCUUGGUGGUAUGUAAUUAGAGAAGAUGAGACAAGAAAUGCAGGAUGCCAUUUCACAGAAAUCUGAAGUGCUUGCUAGGGUACUGACUUAUGCUUUUGGUACAAAUGAAAAAAAAAAAAAGCUCAAGUGGAAAAGCUUGGUAAGUGGCAAAAGACAGUGUGUUCUGGGACUUCAGGUGUAACUAACAUGUUGAAUUACAUGGGCUGAACAGCCAGGUUUUUGUGUAGGUACCUGAUUUCUAACACUGUUUCUUGUGGUUUGAGUUUUUUGGAUGGCUUGAAACAGUCAAUUUCCCUUCUGGUUGCAAAGGAGUGAUGAUGAUUUCUUGUUUUGGUGGCUAUAGGUAAGAAGAGACAGCACUAUGGUGUCUGUCUGAAGUUGAAGUAACUUCAUAAACAUGCUGCAUUUUUGUCUUGUCAAAAAAUGCUUGAUAGUUUUAUACUGAGCAGCGAUAUUUGGGUUAUAUCUUUAAGUUUGGGUUUUAAAGAGUUUUCUGAGCAUUUCAGCCAGUUUACCUACUAUACAAUUAAAAUUCCUGGCUUCUGUUCUAUAGAAUGCAGGGUCUAAAGUAAAACAAGCAAAAUAUUCUGGAAGAAGUAUAAAUCCUUUAUGGUAGGGAUAUAUAAAAACUUAGAGGAAUUCUGAAGCUGCUGAUCAUAUAAGGUGAAGUUCAUGGAGUCUGUUUUCCCUCUUAGUUGUAUGGCAGCUUUUGUGAAAUGGAGAGUGUAUUAGUGUAGUUUAUCACUAGGCACUAACUGGUGGAUGCAAAAAGCUUGAAUGUUAAAAUGAGCAGUUGUGGAUGAAGAAGUACUGCAGCUGUUGCACUGUAUGGUAUCUGCACCCAGCAGCAUUCUUCUGAUGGGAUGUUCAAAAAACAGUGCUACAGUAGUUCAGCGUUUGGCAUCGUUGGUUUUCAUUCUGCUGUGUCUGUUAAACCUGGUAUUUUUGCUGAUACAGUCUUUGUCCUCUUCAGGGAUUUGAAUGUACUUACUUUCUAUUUUCAUGUUCUAGUGUGAGCACUGGAUAGUGGCCUCUGGAACUUGGCAAGUGCAUUCAGUUUCUUCUUUUUAACAGGUGCUUUAAGGUACAGAACAAAGUGAACUUUGCUGUGUUAAAAGGAUGAGCUGUGGAAGAUGGUAACAACCUGUUUGAUAGCGUCUGCUACCAAGUCCCUGCGUGUCAGGGGGCUGAGAAACACCACCCCAGUGCCACCAAAGUGAGUCUGAAGGUCCUGGUGAUGUUGCUGCAAGGAACUGCACAGCUCUUCCAAGAAAGAACCUUAUGUAUCUUGAGUGUUUACUGCAGUAAACUUAGAAUUAAACAUUCAUUCUAACUUCCCUUGCUGCUUUGUAAAUUGCAGUAGUGCGUGUUGUUUGGAAACCAGUUCAGAAGCACAGGGAGCCUUUGCCCUUACCCAUUCACUUGUGACUCGCCUGUUUUGCCCUCGUGGGAGAUGUGGCAAAGCUGCCUGCUUUGUGUUGCAGAAGAGCUAACUCACUAAGCUGAGUGUACCAAGUUGUGAUUUGACUGGAAAAGGCUUCACCAGCUGUUUUCCCUCACUUCCUGUCACUGAACUCAACUGUACUAAAGCUCUGGAGAGGUAGUUGUUCUAUACAGAAUGUCACAGUAUUUAAAUAAAACUGAUCUCUCAAA